AUGCCUGGUCAGUUUUGCGUUACCGUCGUCCUCGGCGUCGUCGUCACGACGAGCAUCAUCUCCAUGCUGACGUCGACCAGCUACAUCGCGCGCUAUGCCCGGCCGUCCCAUGCUCCCGUCCCGGCGCCCAAACACACCUGGGACAACUUGAGCGAUAUCGCGUUGGCCGCUUUCGAUAAGGCUAUCGCCGAAGGCAAUCGUGGGUUUUUUUAUUGGACAUUUUCUAAAAAUUUUCUCAUUUGAAACUUGGAUCGCUUGAAGUUCAAAAUUAUCAUUUCUUUACGAUUUUUAAGAGGGCUUCGGUUUAAAUACUUGAAGUUUACAGUUGAAAGUUUCAUGGUAAUUUUUUAGAGCGAGAAAAAUCGGUUUUUUUUUGAACUUUUUUCUUCGAUUAUAUUGAUUUUUCGCCUUUUGAUAGCAAAUGAAGGGAUACUCUUCAUUUUUUUUCUUUUUUUAAAUAGAAAUAAUUAGAAGUGCGAAAAAUACAUCAAAAAUAUUCUAAAAAAAAUGCCUUUUUUUGUUUGUUUUUGAGUUGAAAUUGUCCAUGGCGCGCACUUGCAUGAGACUUGCUUUAUCAAAAGUUCGAUGGUAGGACAAAAUCUCAAGUCCGCAAAUCUCGAGGACCGUAAUCUUGUGUACGCAGAUCUAAAGUCCCAUAAUCUUGGAAACCAAAAUCUUGGAGACCAAAAUCUUGGAAACCACAAUCUUGGAAAGCAAAAAUCUUCCUUUUUAGUCUUCUUUAUUGCACUUUAUCUACUUAUAUUCUCUUGUUUGGAUCACCGAAUACAAUUUCUGAAAAAAUCUGUUCGCAAAAGCGUUGAUUUUUGCUUUCCAAGAUUGUGGUUUCCAAGAUUAUGGGACUUUAGAUCUGCGUACACAAGAUUACGGUCCUCGAGAUUUGCGGACUUGAGAUUUUGUCGUGCCAUCAAAAGUUCAUAACAAAAAAAUAAAUUUCUUUCGAAAUAUCCAUUUUUUUCAGCGAUUCUUCCACCGUUCAUCGACUUGGAUCGGGAGUAUUCAGUAAGUUUUCAAUAAUUUCAUCAGUUCUUUUUUUGAUUUUCUGAAAAAAAUUGAAUGUCCUCCGCAAGUUAAAAAAAACCAAAUUUUUUUCCGAAAUGUUCUGAUUUUUCAGAUAUUUUUUCCAGGUGAUUGAGGCUUCUAUGUUUCUUUUUUGUUUGAAAUAUUCUGUUUGAAGCUUUUUCUAGAAUUUAAAUUAAUCUUUUAAAAUUCUCAGUUUUUUUUUAAAAAUAUUCACGUUUUCUCCAAGAUCUUUCUAAUUCGAAAAAAUUUCAGAUAGCGCCUAAAUAUGGACUCUCGAUGUGUAAAAUCAAAAAGAGCAUGUCGACUUUGAUGGGCAACGUAAUGUGCGUACUUUACGACGAGGAGGAGUUUCUGACGAAUAAUCGAAGCAUUACCGAGGGCUGGAGUAAAAGGUUCAUUUUUACCAUUUUGUGGAAAAUAUAAGGGGGUUGGGAGCUUGGAAAGUGUUCUUGAGUACUUGAAAUUGUUGGAGCUUGGAGAAUUGCUGAAUUAUUUUUCAUUGGUAGAAAAUUAAAAUAAGCAGAAACUCUGAUUAAGAAAAUAAGGAAAAAAAAAGCUUUUUAUUAUUUUUAUACCUCUAUUCUUUCAACUGAAUCUCUUCGAACCCAUAAAUGCUCAACAAAAAAAGCGAAAAUUGCAAAAUUUUGUAAAAUCGAAGCCGCCAAUUUUGUUUUUGAAUUUUUAUGAGCUUUUAUGACAAUUUUAUUUCACUUUUUAGUGAACUUCAUGGCUAAAACAAUGUUGAACGGUGUGUAAUUCAGCACUUUUUGGUGAGCUUUCCAGUCAAAAUAAUGCCGAUAGAUGAGUUUUUAAUGAAAUUCUAGAAUGUUCUAAAAUGUUUAAUUUUGAUUCUCUUGUAAUUCAGCACUUUUUGGUGAGCUUCCUAGUCGAAUUAAUGUCACAUAAUGUGUUUAUUUCUCAAGAAAAAAAAAAAUAGGAAUUUUUAUUUUUCACUUGGAAUCGCAUAUGGUGAGAUUCUUUUGAAGAAGAUUUCCGCAAGGUCAAUCCACACAUGGCGGACCGUACUUUUGUAAACUUUCCAUCUCAAAAAAGGCCGCCAACAUGUGUUUCGACUCGACUUUUCGGUCUAGGACUGUUUAUUUUCGGCCCGAAAGACAUAUGGAAAAACUUUGGAGUACAGAAGCUUUGCCGAAUUCAUUACAUGUAUGAAGGGGUGUUUUUGGAAUCUGUUCUUAAUACAAAAAAAUUUUUUUGAAAUUAUUAGACGAAUUUCAUAAAAAACUUGAGACGAAAUUUCUUUUCAAGGAUAAUUUUGUCCAAUUAAAAUCUUUGCGCUUGGAAUUUUCUACCAAGUGGGUUUUUUCUUUUGAUUUUUAAUAUUUCUCUAUAUCUGGAAUUAGAUGGACUAUUAAUAAAGGAUCAUUCAACAAGAAAAAAAGACGGUAAGAAGGAAAAAUUUGACUCUUGCAACAGUUUUGACGGAUAAUUUUUUUCUCUUAAAUAUGUUUCAAAAAAGGCUUCUCACGUGGUUUGAAGUUUAUUUUUUUAAGUUUUAUAUUUUUUUCAGAUUGAUCUGUACGCAAAUUUUUUUAAAAAAAUACAAGAAGUUUUUUUGGGAAAAAAACAGAAAUGUAACGAUUUUUAAGGCACAAGACACGAGAUAAAAAAAUUUUUUUAACUUCAUUUUAUAAGUAUUUUUUUGUAUAUAACUUUUUAUUCAAACAUUUUUGGUCGGAUUCUGUCAUUCUACAGCUCUUCGGUUUUCCCAGCAGCUGAGGAGAAAGAACGGUUAAUGCUAAAAAAAUUCCUCAAAAGCAUUUUUUUCAAAAAUAAUAACUUUUGAAAGGAGACUUGAACAAAUAAAAACCGUUUUAAUGAACUUCUUAUCGAAAUACGUGGGUUCUAAACGAUUUUUUUUCGCUCGGAUUGUUUAUACUUCCCAUAGGACAUAUGGAAAAUUCCUUUGAUGACAAGAAGCUUCUCCGCAAGGUCAUUUCACACAUGGCGGACCGUACUUUUGUAAACUUUCCAUCUCAAAAAAGGCCGCCAACAUGUGUUUCUACUCGACUUUUCGGUCUAGGACUGUUUAUUUUCGGCCCGAAACACAUAUGGAAAGAUCCUUUGAAGUACAGAAGCUUUGCCGAACCGCACAUGUGCGAGAAUUUCCAGUACUUUUAUAAACUUUCUUGUUCCAAAAAGGCCACCGAAAUGUGUUUCGACUCACUAUUACUGGCUCGGACUGCUUAUCCUUUCUUUAGAAUCACAUAUCGAACUUUCCUUUGAUGUUCGAAAGGUCUUCAAGAGUCUUGGUGGAUAUUUUCCGGGGUUUUUCGAGAUCAGAUAGAAACAUUUUCAUCAAAAACUUUUCAAAGAAGUAUAAAAAGGUUUAAAAUUUUUUGUUGAAGGGCAGAAGCUUUUUUGAUUACUUCUUGGGCCACUCAGAAUGUUCAGAAAUAUUUUUUAGAUCUCCGGAAAAAUCAAAAAGUUUAUCAUAAUGGCCUGAAUGAUGAGAGAAAGGUUUAGGAUUUAAGAAUUUUUAAAAUUUUUUUUUGAAAAAAAUCUACUCGUUAUCAGAAGCUGAUAUAAAAAAAUUAUCAAACUACUCAAUGUGAAUUUUCCAAUUUUUUGAGUCAUCCUAGACAUUUUUGCAUUUAUAUUUGUUCAGUGUCAAUCAAGUGUAGGUAGUCGAAGUUUCUACUCGAGUUUUCAUUGAAUUGACUCAUUAUUCCUCUCCGAUGAAGUGGCGAACUAUUCCCACUAGGUGAAUCAGUACCUGACGGUACCGAAUAGUACGAACUUUUCAUUCGAAAAAAUGUCGUACACUGUGUUUCGUUCGUCGCGAACAGGCGGAAAGGUCACCCCGACAGGCCACUUUGGCCUUUUUCAACAAAAAAAGGUUACAAAUGUACGAAAUGUCGGGGAAAAGCUUUCACGGGACAGUAAUGUCUUGGGAAAGGACGUGUCGAGCCAAAUGUUACUUGAUGGGUUUUUGUUUUGGGAAAGGGAAGGGAUUGAGUUAAAAACGGUUUGAUAAAAGAAAAGCUGAAGUGGGUCCUAUAGGGAGUUUAUAAGGACCUCCUAAAGGGAGAAACUUCUUCUAGGAUCCCUAUAGGAGGCUCUUUAGAACCACUCUUGAAGAUUUUUCAUUCGAAAAAGAUCUGGGAAAAUUUUUAGUGGCCACUAUAGAGACUCGCCAAGGACUACUUGGAGAGGACACUAAAGUGACCACUGAAACCACCUCUAUAGUGGCCACUAUUUUCCGUUUUAGUGGCCACUUCAUUAGUUUUUCAUCCAGUAUUCCUUCCAGUAACUCUGAUAAUUUUAAAACUAACAGAUUGGACUAGUUAUGUUGAUCCAUUGACCCCUAAAAUGGCCACUAAAGGUUUUAGUGGUCUAGUAGUUGCACUUAGACCUCUAUAGUGGCCACUAAUUUUUAACCCCUUCAGUGGCCAUUAAUUUCAUUACUAUAGUGACCACUAAAACGUCAAAACCCUAUAGUAGCCACUAAAAAUUUUCCCAGUGCAUAGAUAAGUUUCAUUGAGGUCUCGAAACAAAGGAAAGUUUCGUUGUUUACAAAAUUUUUUUCACACUUUUUCUGCUCCUGAAAAAUUCUAUCAAAUAUUUUCAAACAGAAAUUUCAAAGAGAAAAAAACUAUUUUUUUAUUGAUUUUUCCAGAUUCUGCAAAAGAAAAAAACGAGUACAACUUUACCAGUCUCGUCGACGAAAAGUUCAACUUCACAAGUUACAAAAAAGCUGUUGUGGUACGGGAUCCAAUAACUCGAUUCGUAUCUUUCUUCGUCAAUAAAUGCAUUCAGUAAGUUCAAUAAAAAAAUAUUUCCUAGGGAUUUUCUGAACUUUCAGCGACGCGAAAAAAUGUCCGAGCUGCAAACUUUGCUACAACUGUCGCGGCGACAUUUUGUGCUUCCUGAAAAGGUUGGUUCGUUACUGAAAUUUUGAUUAUGUUCUGAAUUUUGUAAGAAAUCAAUUGGUGAUUGUAGUAUGUGUCGGAAUUUGCGUUGGAACUGUUUCAAAAAGUCGAAAUUUUCAGAAAGUUUCAACUUCAAAAAAAAAUAAAUAGGUGUAAAUACUUGUAAAUUUUCCGAACUUCAACAAUUUUGGUUGGAAAAAUAAUUUUCAAGUUCCAAAACCUUCAAAAAAAUUUGAAAAAAAUUUUUUUUAAACAUAAGCGGAAAUGUUCGUAAAUCCACACAUUUGCGGCUCAGAAUACCGUGCCCCUUUGCAAUAAAAUCGCGCCUCCUUUGCAAUUUAUUUUCACUUUUCUCAGAAAUUUUCGAAAAAUUCUUUUUAUUUUGUUUCAAAACGUUUUUGAUUAUAAUUCAUCACAUUUUCAGACAGUAUGGUCGUUUUGUAAGGCAUGCUUUCGGGAAUAAGUUGAAUGUGAGUUACGAGGACAAACACGCCGCUCCUUUGACUUGGUUUGAAUUUUUGAAUUAUUUUUUUUUUCACAAGUCUUUUCUGUAUAUUUUCUUUAAGAGUUGCUGAAGUUUAGAACGGAAUAUAGUUAAAAAUAGGAGUUUUUCAGUCCAUAACACAUUUUUUUGAAAUUAACUUUUUUCAGCAAUUUACUUUUCUAUAGUUUUGUCAUUAUUCUCCUUCUUUAUUAUGGAAUAUUAAUUUUUUUUUUCUUAGGAACUGCGAGUUUGGGACAUACUUGAAAGAUUAUCGAGUGAUCAAGCUGGAGUCCGACGAGACUAAAAGGAAAGAAGGAAUUUCGGACCUUGUACGGUUUCUCAACGGUCUUGACGUCAAACCAGACGUCGUCGACUUCAUUUUCACUUCAGCUUUAGGUUGAGAACAAUAAAAUCUGACUUUUUAAAAAUCUAAACUCUUCUCGUGGUACACUGAAUUUUGGAAUAUUGUGAUACGUUUUUUUCAAAAAAAGUAUAUUUUUUUGAUUAAAAAUCAUCAAAAAAACUUCAAUAAAAGGUUGUUUUUUUAGUGAUGAAAAGUUAAAGAAAAAUGAAUUAGGAAGGUUUUUUUCUGUGAUAAAAUUUCAGUUUAAGAUUUUAUUUCUCAAUUGAAUACAUUUCGAGUUUUUUUUUCUUUCUUUUUGAUUUUAAUGUACGAAGAUAUUAGCUGAAAUUUCGUUUUCCUUUUUUCUCUAGGAUUUUUUUUUGAAAUCGAUGUCGGCGUCUUAAAAAUACUUACUUUGGUAUUAAAAAAAUUUUUUUGAUCGCUUAAAAAAAUUUUUUUAAAUAUUAAUAAAGUACUGUCUGCACUUCAUAAAAAAAGCCAUGAACAGAUUUUUUUGACCAAAAAAUAAGAUUUAACUGAUUUUUUUCCAGAAGGCGACACUCCACACGCCACCUACGACUCGGAUUCGUAUCAAAUCGUUAAAAAAAUAAGGUGAUUUUGGGAUUUUUUUCGAUUUUAUCAAGAAAUUUUGAAAUAAAAUCUAAUUUUACAGAUCGAAUCCAACGCUACGGUACGGGACUACCUGA